CUUAUAAAAAGCAGCUCAGAUUGCACAGGCUGCAGCCCUGGUGCUUCUCGUUUCAGCAGCCAUUCGUAUUCCUUACAACUGGAACUACAACCUUUUAGAAGAAUGUUUCUUUGGAGUCUCUGUGUGCUCACGCUCUUACAUAUGAGCUCAACCUGCAGUGUGGUGAAUCAGAUCUGUACAACCCUGCAGUCAGUGCAGGAUGAAAUCGUCAACAUUCACAAUACGUUUCGGAGAAAAGUUGUUCCAACUGCCAGCAACAUGCUUAAGAUGAACUGGAGCUCAGAAGUGGCCGCAUCGGCUCAGAAGUGGGCAGAUACCUGUGCCAUGGAGCACGGCCCCGACAGCAGCCGCAUGCUCGGGACAUAUCAAAUGGGUGAAAACCUGUUCAAAAGCUCUACGCUCGUUCCAUGGACUGAUGUCGUGACUGCAUGGCACAACGAAGUGGCCAAUUACGACUAUCCCAUAGGGUCCGCCAACGGGAAAUCCAUCGGCCACUACACACAGGUGAUCUGGUUCAGCUCAUAUGAAGUCGGGUGCGGAGUGGCAAAGUGCGGGAGCAACUAUUUCUACGACUGCCAAUACUAUCGAGCUGGAAAUUACAGAAGGGUGCCACCGUACUCACUGGGAGAACCCUGCUCGGCCUGUCCGGGAAAUUGUGAAGACAAACUGUGCACCAACCCUUGUCCUUACAUCGACAUGUAUGCCAAUUGUCCCGCCUUGGUAAAACAGGGCAGUUGUAACAGCUACCUGGUAAAAUGGUGCACGGCUCAGUGUUCCUGUUCCACCGAGAUCAUUCCUACUAACUAGAAAAAGAAGACGGGGAUUGUGAGGAUGUGUCUAAGCUGCUUAAAUUCCAGGCUUCUGCUCAUGAUUUUCCCUGAAGCAGCUGGGACAUUUCUAAACUUUAGUCUCUGGACUUCAGGAUGUAUCUUGAUUAUCAAUUGUCCCACCCCUAGGAGGAAUGAUCCUGGGCUGACCAGACUGUGUAAUAAAACUGUGUUAGAAUAUUCUCCAUGAAGAUCCUUUGACGAUUUAAGAAAGUAACUCUGUUCUGCUUAUGUCAUAGAUUAGCCUGAUAUAAUAAACACACACAUUU